AUGCGCCCCGCGGCCCAAGGAACCACGGGCGUAUCUGGGUCGCAGAAACUGGGCCGCUUUCGGGUUUCAACUCGCCUGGCCCCGAACCCCCCUCAGGCCAUCAACAACUCCUCGGAGUGGAGAGAAGGACGGGGACAUUUGCAUGAAAGUUUGGUCUGGACCCCCCGAGAACUUUCACUCGGCUCGGUUUUGCCCGGAGGAGGGGACCCGGGCGCUACACCGGGGGUACUGGGGCGGCGAUUAGCGGCGCCGGUGAAAGUGAUCCGCAGCGCCCAGGAAAAGUGUAUCAGGAGUCUGGCGGCCCCCUUAUCCCUGAUAACACUCGCACUUCUAGUCUACCUGGCCACGGCCGAUGCUACCAUCUUCGGCAAAAUCUUCGGCUCCCCGAUCAUGGCUGCAGAAGUAUUCCGAUCUUCGGCAUGA